AUGUCGGACCAGGUCAUUGCUAAUAUCAAUGGAUGGAUUGAGUCUUGCUCCCGCGGUCAUUCUUCUUGUCAGCCUACUGAGGACGCAUUGCUACCUCGAUUCGUGAUCGAAGUUCAUGGCAGCGACGAGACAAAACCAAGCUUGCGGCUUGUUGAAAAUGGAAAGAAGAUGGCGCGUUAUAUCACAUUAAGCUAUGUGUGGGGUAUAAGGCCCCAACCAGUGCAACUCGUGAAGGAAAACAUGGCAGAACUGAAAGACUCCAUCGACUAUGACAAAUUACCCAGCACGAUACAGGACGCCAUACGUGUAGCCCGGCGCCUCGGUGUACAAUACGUAUGGGUUGAUGCCCUUUGCAUCGUUCAAGAUGAUGAUGAUAUCAAGAAACAACAGAUCGGCCAGAUGCAAAACAUUUACGGCAACUCCUAUAUGACUCUACAGGCAGCAAAUGUCGCCACUGUCAAGGAGAGCUUCUUGAAAGUCCGAAAUUCUCCAACCCCUUUCAAGCUUCGAUACGACGAAUCUAGCCACAUUUAUCUGAGAGGAUACACGCCAGAUCGCAUGCCUGGCGGAUCAGCCCGACAAAGAGCCUGGGUCUUCCAAGAGUCCAUACUACCAAAUCGACUACUAGUCUAUGGAGAACAUCAACUUGUCUUCCAAUGCAGAGAGGGAAUACAAUAUGAAUGCGGAUUCCGCGCCAACCAGGUGAAAUACCGUUCCUCUGCGACACCAUCAUUCUUACGGCCUGGAAACUGGCUCAACUAUUUAGGUAAAAGACUGAUUCAACCAAUCCCCCCUCCUGAUCGCCGAUUGGAUUUCCUAUCAGCAUGGUAUUCGGCCCUCGAUGACGGGUAUACAACCCGAGUGCUCACCUUCCCAAGCGACCGACUGCCCGCAGUCAGCGGCGUCGCUCACCGUCUUCAAAAAGAAAUCGGAGGACGAUACGUAGCAGGCCUUUGGGAGUCUGAUCUACCCUGGGGUCUGAUAUGGGAACCAAAAAACACAGCUAUCUACCCCUCUGCAAUUAAACCAGCAGUAUGGCGGAUGAGUAGACCGGCCAAUCCUUGUGCCCCGUCAUGGUCCUGGGCAGCCAUGGAUGGGUCUACGAAACACCCAUUCUGGGCACGACAUAAUGAUACAAGGGAACAUGACUCGCCAAUUGCAACGGCAUGCAUGGAGUCGCUGCAGGUGAAUAUGGCAGGAGAGAUCGUCAACAGCGAUGGAAUGCUGCGGAUCGGUGCCCCACUCAUUUACACGGCUGUGAUUUGCAAGACGGAUUCUAGACACAAGGGUUUACGGCAAUACAGACUCAUGCCGAGUGGUAAGCCUCGUGGAGGCUCUGACCCGUUUUUGGUGUGGGAUGGUCCUGGAAGGGAAUCCCGUGAAUCAGUGGACUCUGAUCUAGAUGUGGACAGAAGCUCUAGGAAUGAUGAGCGGCCGAUUGCUGUCGCUUUAUUUGACGUUGAAGAUGAGCAGAAACUUUACUCUGGUGUAUGGUGCCUACUCAUUUGUCGCUCUUCGGCAUUGAUGCUGGAGUGCGUUGAUCAAGAGAAGAAAAUAUAUCGACGGUUAGGAAUAGCUCGUGUCAGGCCCGAAUUCUGGCCUUUCUCAUUGUCAGAGCAGAUCUGGACUGAGAUUUCGUUAAGCUAG